AUGGGGACGAAAACGCUCAACAGGAAGCCGAGUCUGGUUGACCGCCUCCGCCAACUCCGCUCGGCCGCACCGUCUCCCUCCAAGGCCACCUUUAUGCCAGAGAAGCGACCGCCUUAUGUCCCCAUCCAGCCUGUGGAUGAACACCCGGCCACGCACUUCCGUGACGAAGGGCCCAGGAACCCAAUCUCCAACCCCCGGUCUCGGUCUUAUUAUCCCGAGAAAGGGCUGGACUUGGACGAGCUGGAUUUCAAACUCGAGCAAUAUGCCAAAAGGUCUCUAGAGUCAGCAGAGACCCAGACGGAUACCGAAUCAGAUGUGCCGCUGAGGCGCGAGAUUUCUAGCGUGCAACAAAUGAACGACCAAGCGUCGACGGCCGACGACUCAGAUGAAGAGCCGGAGCGUGAUCCGAGCUGGUGCCUAGAGCCAGUUACCAGCUUGCAACCUCCGUCUCAGGGGGUCGGGAGUGUCGAGUCUUGCCUCACUGCUCCGCAACAAGCACCAGGAGAGCCAAAACCAUCAGACUAUGAGAUCUUCAUGCGGGAAGCCGAGGAAGCCGAACGUCAACGGGUGGAGAAUAAGGACAAACCUUCACGGCCCACCCGCGAGCCGCCACUAAACCCCUUCUAUUCACACAAUUGGGAUCAUCAACCACAGCCAUCACCAAAACUUGCAGAGAUUCAAGAGGCGGCCGACGACGGUGCAAGAGAGGACCGCGAGGUUCACGAUGCAGCACCAGGGGAUCAGGACUCGGACCGGCAGGCGCUGUCCUCGGAGACAUCCAGUGAGAGAGGCGACGCCAAUGCUGCUCCACCCAAGAGCACCAUCUCGCGGGCGAACACGGACGUCACCGGUGGGGGUAGGCACAUCAAGUUCAGUGACACAUGUGCGCCCAGGGAACGCGUGGAGCGAAGAGCCUCAGCACCGAGCUGUGCCACCCGCGUCAAGUCCCCGUCCAGGCCGGUCCGGAAGCAGAAGAGCAUCAAGCAGCUCAUCGCGGAUUAUAUCCGGCCCCCACGGGGCUAG